ACUGUAUUUGUUUUCACCCAAAAAAUUGUUUAAAUUCUUAUCUCGACUUAAUACGGUUUGCGUCUGCGGUAUUCAUUGAAAUUGUGUAUUUGACAUUAUUUUAUAUAAAAGUAUAAAUUUGUGUCAUCAGUCUGGCGACACUAAUGCGUCGAAUAUCGAUAUUUAAUCGGAAAAUAACCACUUAAACGUUAAACCGUAAAUCAUCUCGUAGAAUCUUACAAUGGCUGACCAAAAUAUUUUAGACAAAUCCAUGAGGAGUGUUUUCGGUAAGAAUUUUCUAUUCAUAUUAAAUGUUUGUUGUAUACGUUUGUUAUUAAUUGUUUGGUUUUUCAGUGGGAAACAUUCCCUAUGAGGCUACGGAAGAAAAGCUCAAAGACAUAUUCAGUGAAGUAGGACCUGUGAUAUCAUUCAAGUAUAAUAACAUUAAUUAACACAAAAUAUAUAUUACUGCUUGCAUAUUACUUAUUAUGUAGUCUAUCGAAAAAUUUAUUAGAAAUUAAGUAUAAGUCAACAUUCUAUCUACAAAAUACAUUUUAUCUAGGUAUUAUUAUUUUUAUAAUUUGCACAAUACUUCUUAAAUAUUCAGAUAAUACUAAGUACAGGCGGCACCUUUAAUAGAUUUAACUUCCUUAUCUUUAAUGAUUUUAUGUGCUAAUAUCAUACAUAUCUAAAAUAUAUAAUAUACCUAAAUUUAAUACGCCCAAGCUGAAGAAAAAUUUUCGAUGAUAUUGAAUUAUAGUCAGAGAUGGACUGCAUAUUAUUAGGUGUCCAUUUUCCCUUUUGUCACUGUUGAACUAUUGAUAUUUUAUUGUUAUUUGUUUAUCUUGUAGACUGGUUUAUGAUAGAGAAACAGGUAAACCUAAAGGUUAUGGGUUCUGUGAGUACAAAGAUCAAGAGACUGCACUUAGUGCAAUGCGUAAUCUCAAUGGACAUGAAAUUGGUGGACGUACACUACGCGUUGACAAUGCCUGUACAGAAAAGUCUAGACUAGAAAUGCAAUGUAACUAAAAAAUUAUUAAAUUAUAAACAUUACAUCAUAUUGAUUAUAUGUAUAUUACAGCUUUAAUGAUGGGUAUGCCUAAUUCUGAAAAUCAUUAUGGUGAAGCAGUCAGUGCAGAAAAAGCUCCAGAAGCCAUAAGCACUGCGGUUGCGUCUUUACCACCAGAGCAAAUGUAUGAACUAAUGAAACAAAUGAAAGCUUGCAUUCAGGUAUUGACAAUGCACGAUUAAUAUAAAUUAUUCAAUGUACUUCAAAACAAUAAACAACUAUGAAAUUCAUUUCAUUAACUUUCUUAAAUUAUUCAGAACAAUCCAGUUGAAGCUAGAAACAUGUUACUUCAAAAUCCUCAAUUGGGAUAUGCAUUGUUACAAGCGCAAAUUGUUAUGAAAAUAAUAGACCCUCAAGUUGCUGCUGUAAGUAUACUACAACUAAAGUAUUGUACUUAAAGGGAUAAGGCCUCUCAAAAGUUAUUUGUCUUUGAACAUGUAGUACUUGUUAUUUUUUUAUAAAUUAUUUUUUAUACAUAUAUUAUCUUUGAAAAAUCUUUAUUAACAAAUAAUAACACAAAGUAUGUAUUAUGUAUAAUUGUAUUGUAGACUAUGCUACAAACUUCAAACCAAGCUACACCAAUAACAGUUUCAAAUACUCCAGCUACUACCACAACACCAACUGUUGUCAAUACAAUUCCUAUUAACGAUAACAAUGUAUGGACACAAAACAAACCGACAGUUCCUCAAAGUGUCCAACCACAUGGUAAUAAAACUUAUUUUAUUAUUAAAAUUAUCGAUUUAAAAAUAUGGAGAUUUUAUAGAAUCAAUGUUAUAACAUAAUUAAAUAUAUUAAUGAAUAAAAAAUAUGGUUCAUUCAGUUGAAGAUAUGGAUUUGCGACAACAAAUACCUCGUGUGCGUGUCAUGGAUCAAGAUUUAAGGCAGCAACCAUUACCAAUACCAAUUCCAAUCCCUCAACCGUUACCAACAGUAGUUGUACCAGUUGAAUCUCCACUUCCACAGCCGGCAGUACCGUAAAUCGCAUUAAAAUAUAAUCUACUAGUAAUUACUAUUAUUAACAACCUUAUUUUUACAGCUUGUCGAGGGAUCCCCGUGCUUCAGCAACAAUGGAUUCAGAUAUUCGAACUUUUACGAUUAGAGAUCCUAGAGCAAACAGUAAUAACACAGCCCAAGUAACAACCCAAGUGCCUCAAGCGGUUCAGCCAACUCGACCACCGGCUGGACAACAACAGCCUAAGCCUGGAUCUUCAACAGACAAUGAAAAGGUAGAUUCAGCCAAAAGUUAAUUUAGUUAUCAUUUUUGAAGGGAAAUUUUUUAAUUAUAUUUUCUUUUUUAGGCGGCUUUAAUAAUGCAAGUAUUGCAAUUAACUGAGGAACAAAUUGCAAAAUUACCAGCGGAACAACGUCAAAGUAUUUUGGUUUUAAAAGAGCAAAUAGCUAAGUCAGCACAGAGAUAAUUUGAUAGAAUUUUUUCUAC